CCUAAGUCUGGGCGCACCUUCACUCAGGGGCGACGGGCUCGGAGGGCGGCCCGAGGUCUCCCCGCCUAGUGGAGCUCCGGGGUUCUGGCUGAGCCCGCAGGGCCUGCUCGGUUUGCCCUCUUCUCGCGACCUGGUUCUGUUCGCGGGAUCCGGUGGCGGGCCCUGGCGCUGAUGGACGGGGCUCAGGGCUGUGUGACCUUUGAGGAUGUGUUCGUGUACUUCUCCCGGGAGGAGUGGGAGCUCCUUGAGGAAGCCCAGAGACUCCUGUAUCGUGAUGUGAUGCUGGAGAACUUCGCACUUGUGGCCUCGCUGGGUUGUUGGCGUGAAACAGAUAAUGAGGAGACUCUUUCUGAGCAGAGCAUUUCUGUGGGAGUGUCGCAGCUCGGGACUCCUGAGUCGGGGGCAUUUAUCCAGAAAGCCCACCCAUGUGAGGUGUGUGACCCACUCUUAAAAGACAUCUUGCACUUGGCUGAACACCAGGGAUCACAGCCCUUGCAGAGACUGUACACAUGUGGCCCAUGUGGAAGAGGAUUCUUGUUCAGUGCAGACUUUCACCAGCACCACAAGCGAUACAGUGAAGAGGAUCUCUUCAGAGCGGAUGCUGGUGGGGCCUCACACGGGAAGAACUGUGCAGCCCACAUGUUAUGGAGACCCCUUACUUGCAAGGAGGAAGGGAUGGGCUUGCUGGACAGCUCUGGUCUCUUCCAUUGCCAGACCACUGGCAGUGGGAUGAUUCCACACAACAGGACCAAGUUCAUGGCAACUUUCCCACACAGCACCAGUCUUGGCCCACACCAGGGAGACCAGGAUGGACUGGUGCUUUUCAGUUGCACUGACAGUGCAAAGGGCUUCCUGAAUACCUUUACUCUCCGUGACAACCAGCUAAUUCGUACUGAAGUAAGACCCUGUAGAUGCCCACCAUGUGGGGAUCUGUCCAAGGAGAAAUCAGCACUUAAUCACAGGAAAGUUCACAGUGGAGAAAUACCACAUGUGUGUAAAGAGUGUGGGAAGGGUUUCAUUCACUCGUCUCACUUAAAAAUGCACCAGAAAUUUCAUGCUGGAAAAAGACAUUACACAUGCAGUGAGUGCGGGAAAGCCUUCAGCCGGAAAGACACACUUGUUCAGCACCAGAGAGUUCACACUGGAGAAAGGUCUUACGACUGCAGUGAGUGUGGAAAGGCCUACAGCAGAAGUUCCCACCUUGUUCAACACCAGAGAAUUCACACUGGCGAAAGGCCUUAUAAGUGCAGUGAGUGUGGAAAAGCCUUCAGCCGCAAAGACACACUCGUGCAACACCAGAGAUUUCACACGGGAGAGAGACCUUACGAGUGCAGCGAAUGUGGGAAAUUCUUUAGCCAGAGCUCCCACCUUAUUGAGCACUGGCGGAUUCACACUGGGGCAAGGCCUUAUGAGUGCAUUGAAUGUGGAAAGUUCUUUAGCCAUAACUCGAGCCUCAUUAAACAUCGGAGGGUGCACACAGGAGCAAGGUCUUACGUGUGCAGCAAAUGUGGGAAAGCUUUCAGCUGCAAAGACACUCUUGUUCAGCACCAGAUAAUUCACACUGGCGCAAGGCCUUACGAGUGCAGCGAGUGUGGGAAAGCCUUCAGCCGUAAAGACACUCUUGUGCAACACCAGAAAAUCCACACUGGAGAAAGGCCUUACGAGUGUGGUGAAUGUGGGAAAUUUUUUAGCCAUAGCUCCAACCUUAUUGUACACCAGAGAAUUCACACUGGAGCGAAGCCUUAUGAGUGCAGUGAAUGCGGAAAAUGCUUUAGCCACAAUUCCAGCCUCAUUCUACACCAGAGAGUUCACACCGGCGCAAGGCCUUAUGUGUGCAGUGAAUGCGGGAAGGCCUACAUCAGUAGCUCCCACCUUGUUCAGCACAAGAAGGUUCACACUGGAGCAAGACCUUAUGAAUGCAGCGAAUGUGGGAAAUUCUUUAGCCGAAACUCUAGCCUCAUUCUACAUCAGCGGGUUCACACUGGGGAAAAGCCGUACGUGUGCAGCGAAUGUGGGAAAGCCUACAGUAGAAGUUCCCAUCUUGUUCGGCACCAGAAAGUUCACACUGGAGAAAAGUCUCAUGAGUGCAGCAGUUUUGGUGGUCCUUUAGCUACAUCUCUUAAACUUGUUUAGUUCCAGAAAGCUCACAAUAGAGAAAGGCCUUAUGAAUGUAGAAAAUGUUCCAUCUCCUUGUUCGACCUGAUAGGAUUCACACCAGAGAAGAUAUCGGCAAGUACCCUUUGUGAGGGAACCAGCAGCCAGCCGGUGAGCCUCAUCCAUUCGUACAGGUAUCAUGGGGACAGUCCCAGUCAGUACCGCAUAGAUGGGAAGCUUUCAUGAGGUGCUUUGCACUUUCCGA